AUGUUAUUUCGUUUGCUUAGAUCAAUUGAAGUACCUUCGAACGAGUCCGGUGAACCGAAAACGUUAAAAAUGUUAAUUGUUGAGCGAUCCAAAGCGAUACAUUUGGAACAGCAACAACAACAACAACAACAGCAGCAACAACAGCAAAAAUCAAUCGCUCCGGUUUUACCACCGCCUAAAAUAAAAUCGCCCGAACCGCAAAAACUCGAAGAAAUACCAAUAAAAACGGAACCCGUGUCGGCGGAAUCGGAAAGUCGUGCCGAAAGUCCAAACAUUCAACAACAGCAAGAUGAACCGGAAACGACGGAAGAAGUGGAAAAGGAAGAAGUCGAAGACGAUGCGAAUCAUUCGUCUCCGAGGAGUCAACAAAGCGCACAACAACCCGUGUCACCGAACAUGCAAAAUCAACUCCAUUCUUCGACUCCAUCGCUUCAAUCUCCGUCACUGAGGACUCCGACCCCUCACGAUAGUUACCUUAAUGGAAAACUCCCGGACGAUUGCCACAACAACAAUCACCUAACUCAAAUAAUGAACAAUCAAAACAUGUUAACCAACGGUUUAAAUUUAAAUUCUCUAAAUAACAAUAUAAUUAAUUUGAAUCAUCAUAACUUUUUAAGAAAUAGUGAUAUGUGCAUGGAUAUGAAAAGUCCGUUCCGGUUCGACGAACACAGGUAUAGAUUCGGGGACGAUAACGUCAUGGUGGGAAGGCUCGGUGAGAGUUUAAUACCGAAGGGCGAUCCGAUGGAGGCGAGACUCCAAGAAAUGUUGAGAUACAACAUGGACAAAUAUUCAACGCAAAAUCUCGACACGUUACACAUUGCGAGAAGAGUUCGCGAACUCUUAUCGAUACACAACAUCGGUCAAAGGUUGUUCGCGAAAUACGUGUUAGGUUUAAGUCAAGGCACGGUAUCCGAACUGUUAAGCAAGCCAAAGCCUUGGGAUAAAUUGACUGAAAAAGGAAGGGAUAGCUAUAGGAAAAUGCAUGCGUGGGCAUGCGACGAAAAUGCAGUAUUAUUGUUAAAAAGUUUGAUACCAAAGAAAGAAAUCAAUUAG